AUGAAGAGCACAGUGCUGGCACUCUUGCUACUGGUGGCGGUGCAAUGCCUCGCGCUGGGGUCUCGCACGGCGGCGGCGGCCAAGGUACGGCGGACAAGGCAGGGCGACUACCUGAACCGGCUGCGCGGGUCGCCGUCCUCGCGCGCGUCCUGGGAGUCUCUCGCGGCCGUGGAGGAGGAGCAGACGACGACGAAGGCGACGGGUAGACCCGCGCCGGCGGCCGUUGCGGCGGAGGCCGGGCGCAAGGAGGCCGACCGCGUGGAGGCGCUGCCCGGGCAGCCGAGCGGCGUGGACUUCGCACAGUACGCUGGGUACGUGACGGUGGACGCCGCCGCCGGGCGCGCGCUGUUCUACUACCUCGCCGAGGCCGUCGGCGGCAACGGCGACGGGUCGUCGUCCAAGGGCAAGCCCCUCCUGCUCUGGCUCAACGGGGGCUCCGGGUGCUCGUCGCUGGGGUACGGCGCCAUGGAGGAGCUAGGCCCGUUCCGCGUCAUGAGCGACGGCAAGACGCUCUACCGCAACCCCUACUCCUGGAAGGCUGGAUCCACGGUACGCACGGCGGACGUGCUGUUCCUGGAGAGCCCGGCGGGGGUGGGGUACUCGUACUCGAACACGACGGCGGACUACGGGCGGAGCGGGGACAACCGGACGGCGGAGGACGCGUACCUGUUCCUGGCCAACUGGCUGGAGCGCUUCCCGGAGUACAAGGGCCGCGAGUUCUACAUCACCGGCGAGAGCUACGCCGGCCACUACGUGCCGCAGCUGGCCCACGCCAUCCUCCGCCACGCCUCCCCGGCCAUCAACCUCAAAGGCAUCAUGAUUGGGAACGCGGUGAUCAACGACUGGACGGACAGCAAGGGCAUGUACGACUUCUUCUGGACGCACGCGCUCAUCUCCGACGAGACGGCCGAGGGCAUCAGCAAGAACUGCAACUUCACGGCGGGCGCGGCGUCGAACGCGCUCUGCGACGACGCCUCGGACGCGGCCGGCGAGAGCCUCCGGGACAUCGACAUCUACAACAUCUACGCGCCCAACUGCCAGUCGGAGAAGCUCGUCACGCCGCCCAUCGCCCCCUCGGUACGUACGUGCGUGCGGCCUUUCCUACAACACCAUAGCCGGUACAGUGACAGUACUACGUGUGGCCAGAUCAUCAUCAUAGGGGAUUUUUAUUUUUUUGACAUGAAAAUCAUAGAUUGGUUAGUGAUGAGUUUGCUUGGGUUCUAGGUGUGGCCAGAUCGA